ACCCAACACCAGCACCCUCAGCAGCGAGAGGGAUUAUCCCGGUUGGCUGGGGCCGGGAGCUGUGGCGAGGCCAGGUUGUCCCACGGCAGAGGUCUCGCUGAUCCACUCGCUCAGGUCCAGCAGAGAGGCAGAGCCUGCACCCGGUCGUAAUGGGUGCCCUGAGGUGGCUCUUCUGGGCUGGGCUGGGCUACCUGAGCUGUUGCUGUCCCCAGCAGGUGCAGGCACAGUUUCCCCGUGUCUGCAUGACAGUGGAAGCCCUGCGUUUGAAGCGCUGCUGCCCGGCCUUGGGGACGGAGCCAGGCAACGUCUGCGGGUCCCUGCAGGGCAGGGGACGGUGUGAGGGCGUGCGGGCAGACACUCAGCCCUGGAGUGGCCCCUACACCCUUCAAAAUGUGGAUGACCGGGAACGGUGGCCCCUCAAGUUCUUCAACCAGAGCUGUCGGUGCACAGGAAACUUUAGUGGCUAUAACUGUGGUGACUGCAAGUUUGGCUGGACUGGCCCCGAGUGCAACACAAGAAAGCCAGCAGUUGUCAGGAAGGAUAUCCACUCUCUGACGGCAGAGGAGAGAGAGCAGUUCUUCGAUGCUCUAGACCGUGCAAAGACAACCAUUCACCCGGACUAUGUAAUUGCAACUCAGCACUGGAGAAGUCUGCUUGGUCCCAAUGGAGAGGAACCACAAAUUGCCAACUGUAGUAUUUACAACUACUUUGUUUGGCUCCAUUACUACUCAGUCAGAGACACACUAUUGGGUCCUGGGCGCCCCUUCACAGGUAUUGAUUUCUCCCAUCAAGGACCUGCCUUUGUUACUUGGCAUAGGUACCAUUUGCUGUUGCUGGAGAGAGACCUGCAGCAACUUAUAGGCAAUGACUCUUUUGCACUGCCCUACUGGAACUUUGCCACGGGUAGAAAUGAGUGUGACAUCUGCACAGACCAGCUCUUUGGAGCAUCACAGCCAGAUGACCCAGGGCUGAUCAACGUGAGCUCCAGGUUCUCCCGGUGGCAGAUAGUUUGUAACAGCUUAGAUGAAUACAACCGCCUGGUCACGCUGUGCAAUGGGACGGACGAAGGGCCACUGCAGCGGAGGCCACACAGGGGCUCCAGUGAGCAUCUGCCCACCGCGGAGGACGUCAGGAGGUGCCUUUCCCUGCAGGAGUUCGACAGGCCUCCCUUUUUCCGCAAUUCCAGUUUCAGUUUCAGGAAUGCGCUGGAGGGCUUUGACAAACCAGAUGGAACCCUUACCUCACCAAUGCUGAGCCUUCAUAAUUUGGCUCACUCCUUCCUGAAUGGCACCAGUGUUCUCCCCCACGCCGCUGCCAACGAUCCUAUCUUUGUGGUUCUUCAUUCCUUUACUGAUGCCAUCUUUGAUGAGUGGAUGAAGCGUUUUAAGCCCCCUGAUAAUGCUUGGCCUGAGGAGCUGGCCCCCAUCGGUCACAACCGACUGUAUAACAUGGUCCCUUUUUUCCCUCCUGUGACCAACGAUGAGCUCUUCCAAACUGCGGAGCAACUUGGCUACACCUAUGCCAUCGACUUGCCAGGUUCUCUUGAAGAAACCCAAGCAUGGGCUGUUAUGGUUGGAUCCACAAUUGGAGGAGCACUUAUAGCUCUGACCAUGCUUGUUCUACUGCUUGUAUUUUUCCAGCACCGAAGGCAGAGAAGAGGUUUUGAACCACUCAUGAAUGUGAGCUUCAGCCCCAAAAAGUACAUGGAAGAGGCCUAGUGCCUUUGCUCUGUUUCUUUGCUUAUUCUUGUAGGAAGUGACCUUGAUUGCCUUAUGGAGAUCUUAGCUGAGACUUUAUCGCACACUCCGUUGGCAGCUGACUAAAUUGUUCUCAUUCAGGUUUUUCCCGUUAUCUUGUGAAUUGUAAUGUGUGAAUUCUCUGGGUACAUAUGAGCAAGACUCAAGACAGGCUAGAUUUUUCCCAUUACUAAAUGUUAUCUGGAGUGUGUGACACUUGUAAGUCAUCCUCUACAGAUAUAGAUCAAGACAGCUAAGAAUCCAAAUAGAAGACAACCAACUUGAAUAACCAAGAUAAUUUUUCACCUCAAUGUGUUCUUGAUUUCAUUUAGCAGCAUUAAGAUGUGCUAAAAGUGACUAAAUCUGCAUAUAUAUUUGAAUAACAUUAUUUUACAGUUAUCAAUAAAUAUUCUGAAUA